UUUCUCUGAUUUAAACUUUUACUUACUUAAACUACUUAUCAUUAUAUUAAAUUGAAUUGAUUUGAUAUAAAUAAUGGAUGGGGAGCCUUUCUAUCUAUCCGUUACAAGGGCUGCUUCCUUUUAUUCGUUGUAAACCAAAUCUGCAUAUUAGUUCCCCAUUCUCCUUCCAUAUCAAAUAUCUAACACCUCAUUUGUCCAACGCAAUCUCUUUUUUUUUUUUUUUUUGUAUUUUUAGCUUGAAAUUGAAAUCUGAGAUUUCCUGAAUAAGGAUCCUUUUCGGAAUCUCCGUCAUUGGAUUCCCAUUAAUACUGAUUAGAUUUCGGAGAAAAAACAUAUGCGAUUGGAUUAGUACGCAUUAUAGCGCUCCAUUCGGCAUGUCUUUCUCCGUUGUAGGAAAUUCCAACGGAAGCAAUGAACGUAGAAACUCUCCAUCUUCGUUAUCCUCCAUCGUCUACCUUCAGCACUAGAUUACAUUGCUCGAUUAACGAACUCCAAUUUGAAAACAUGGAAACGAAAGACGACAAUAAAAUUACUGACAUGAAGAAGAGACCGCCCUCAGAUUUCGGUGAUUCGGGGUGGUUGAGCAAUACAUUUUUCAUGAGAUUGACAGCUAGGGAUGUAUUCGGUGUGGUGAAGUACCAUCCUAUACCGUGCAUCUUCGCUGCCUCUUUGUUCUUCUUCAUGGGGGUGGAAUACACUCUUCAUAUGGUACCAUCUUCCUCCCCACCAUUCGAUCUGGGAUUCAUCGCUACGCGUCCCCUUCAUCGUUUGCUUGAUUCGAAACCUGCUCUCAACACUCUUCUUGCUGGCCUUAAUACGGGAUUUGUGGGGAUGCAAAUGGUGUACAUAGUAUGGGCUUUCUUAAUUGAAGGGCGGCCACGAGCGACUAUUGCUACACUGUUCAUGUUCACAUGCAGAGGCAUUCUCGGAUAUGCUACGCAGCUACCAUUACCAGAGGAUUUCCUGGGCUCGGGAGCUGAUUUUCCAGUAGGAAAUGUGUCCUUCUUCUUGUUCUAUUCGGGGCAUGUUGCAGCAUCCGUCAUUGCAUCGCUGGAUAUGAAGCGUAUGCAGAGAUGGAAAUUGUCUUAUUUAUUUGACACCUUGAACGUAUUGCAAACGGUGAGAUUGUUGAGUACCAGGGGUCACUACACUAUUGAUUUGGCUGUUGGAGUUGGUGCUGGAAUUUUGUUUGAUUCUCUGGCUGGAAAGUAUGAGGAGAACAGGAAAAAGGAAUUACUUGCAGAUAGUGCUGAUGGCACCACGAAUGGAGCGUUUCAUAACUCGAAAUUGCACGAAAAUGGUGAAUAUUUAAGUCUUUCUUCAGAUUAGAACUUUUCAUUCUAGCAUGACCAUUGAUUUCAUUCUUUUCAACUGUAAAGAAACCUUAGGUAUAAUGUUGGUAUGUAAUAAAUUUCAAUUUCACACGGAAAACAUUCAAUUAUGAACAAAGGGCACAUCACAAGUGAUAUUCAAAAGCUUGCUAUAGCCACUACUCACCA